AUGGCUUACCAUCCUUUUCCAUCUCAUCGGGCUGACGUGCUUUCCUUGUCAGCCUUACUCCCGAGCAACCAGCCCACUUUCUUACCUGCCAUGACCCUCCCGGACGUGGUCCUGGUCCCGGACCCCCUGCCGGAGCAGCCUGACAAAGCCUGUCAAAAUCGACCAAUCCACCCGCGAUCUGUGAAGAACCUGCACCCCGAGGAAUGGCUCGACGAGGACCCGAACAUCACGCUCGAGAGGAUGUUUCCACCCUUCAAGGUGCGCGUGGAAGGACUGGAUGAAACGGCUAAAUACAUCCUGCUGAUGGACAUUGUAGCUGUGGAUGACUGCCGCUACAAGUUUCACAACUCCCGCUGGAUGGUGGCUGGAAAAGCAGACCCGGAGAUGCCAAAGCGCAUGUACAUCCAUCCUGACAGUCCUUCCAAAGGGGAACACUGGAUGAGCAAACCCGUUGCUUUUCAUAAACUCAAACUGACAAAUAACAUUUCGGAUAAGCAUGGAUUUACUAUUUUGAAUUCCAUGCAUAAGUACCAACCCAGAUUCCAUAUAGUGAGAGCAAACAGUAUAAUGAAGCUUCCAUACAGCACCUUCCGAACUUAUGUUUUUCCAGAAACAGAGUUCAUUGCUGUCACUGCCUAUCAAAACGAAAAGAUUACGCAGCUGAAAAUCGACAACAACCCCUUUGCCAAAGGAUUCAGAGACACUGGGAACGGGAGACGAGAAAAGAGGAGUAAACAGAUAGGCGUCUCUUUGGUGCUUGAAAACCAAAGGAAGGCAGAGGAUUGUGGUGAUUCCGAGGACUCAGAUGAACAUCACACUAUGAGUGAGACUUUUUAUUCUCCCCUGGAAGUGGUGAGCAGCCCACUGAUCCGCACGUCGGCCUGUGAAGAUGAGAGCCAUUCUGGAAGUGAAUCAGAUCUUGAUCUGCAAGAUGAUGUCAGUUCUGAACCAAGCUCUUCCAGGACAGCACAUACAAAUCUGACAAGUGGGGAAAUAUUGCCAAACAAGUCUGAUUCGAGCAAAAGGGACAACAAUCAACUUGGAACAAACGAGAGAAGAAUAUGCGAUGCGUCCUGUGAGAGAUAUCCUACUGAUUUUGGCUCCUCAGAGAAUCAAAACACUACAGUGAAACAAGGGGUCCGACCCAUAAUGCCGCAGACCUGGAGCUCAUCAGCACUGGACGACAUUCGGUGUCAGACUUUGGAUUCUACAGGUGUGUACGCCCAACCGUUUGCCAGGCAAGGAGCUUCUUUUUUGUUUCAUCCAGGAUGGCUUUCCAUGAAUUCAGAGUCUUUUUCGAACAUGGAUAUGGGACCUGGGAUUUCCACUUUGCCCGGAGUUAGGGAAGUAGGAAACAGAAGCAUGUCUUCUCAGAGUAGUGCAACUUCAUCUCCGCUCAUGUUUCACCUGUCACAGCCCAUGCUGUCAUCUCAGGAAGUGUCACUAUCCCGUUUUGGAGGGAUGCUGUCCUAUCCUUACCGGUACAUGGCCACACCAGGUACUAUUGCCUCCACCCUACCCAGCUGCUCUGCUAACCCGUUUUUCAGUAGGAACCAUCACCACAACAACUCUCAGCCUUGGUUGUCCUUCAGCCCCUAUCAGGUCCCCACAUCUGUCACCUCUUGCCAAAAUCCACUAACAGCCAAAUUGCCUGGUCGAUCACAUUCAACGCCUGAGCAGUCCAGCUCUGGAAGCAGUAACUCGAGUCUUGUGUCUGACAUUCACAGCUACAAAGUGCAGGCCAAGAAGAAGAAUAUUCAGGGUUUCACCGAUCAUCUGCCAUACGUUCAUAUUCCUGCUAGAGAACGGAACAAAUCCCAUCCGUCUCUGUAGGCUCUGUGGAUUUUGUGGUGGAUAGUGUGUGUUGGAUGAAAGUUUACUCAAUGUUUACACAUAAAAAGCACUUAACAUGAAUAUUUUAUGUAACCUUAUUUGUGCUUCUUUUUUCACCUAUCUUGAGACAAUAAAAACAUAUGCCAAAUAAACUUUGAUUCACUUAUUUUCAAGUCAAGAUACCCAUGCAUUGCCAUUACUUGUG